CUCCCCCGCAGUUGUUCCCACCGCGCAAGGGGCAGCUCCGAGGGCCGUGGGCGCGUCAGACGCCAUGAGCGUGGGCUUCAUCGGGGCGGGCCAGCUGGCCUUUGCCCUGGCCAAGGGCUUCACGGCGGCAGGCGUCCUGGCCGCCCACAAGAUCAUGGCCAGCUCUCCAGACAUGGACCUGGCCACCGUCUCCGCCCUCAGGAAAAUGGGGGUGAACCUGACGCCCCACAACAAGGAGACGGUGCAGCACAGCGACGUGCUCUUCCUGGCAGUAAAGCCGCACAUCAUCCCCUUCAUCCUGGACGAGGUCGGCGCCCACAUCGAGAGCCGGCACAUCGUGGUGUCCUGCGCGGCCGGCGUCACCAUCAGCAGCAUCGAGAAGAAGCUCAGGGCGUUCCAGCCGGCCCCCAAAGUCAUCCGCUGCAUGACCAACACGCCGGUGGUGGUGCGGGAGGGGGCCACGGUGUACGCCACGGGCACCCACGCCCACGUGGAGGACGGCCGGCUCCUGGAGCAGCUGCUCAGAGCUGCUGGACAACCACUGCCCGGAGCAGAAUUCGCCUGGGACCCUGGCUUAGGCGCCCUCUCCCCGCAGGCGUUCACAGCCCUCGAUGCCCUGGCUGACGGGGGUGUGAAGAUGGGGCUUCCCAGGCGCCUGGCAGUCCGCCUCGGGGCUCAGGCUCUGCUGGGUGCUGCCAAGAUGCUGCUGGACUCGGAGCAGCACCCAGGGCAGCUCAAGGACAACGUCUGCUCCCCCGGAGGCGCCACCAUCCACGCCCUGCACGUGCUGGAGAGCGGGGGCUUCCGCUCCCUGCUCAUCAAUGCGGUGGAGGCCUCCUGCAUCCGCACCCGGGAGCUGCAGUCCAUGGCCGACCAGGAGAAGGUCUCGCCCGCUGCCAUUAAGAAGACCGUCCUGGACAGGGUGAAGCUGGACUCUCCUCCGGGGGCCGCGCCGGCCGCUUCGGGCCACUCCAAGCUGCUCCCCCGCAGUGUGGCCCCGGCGGGCAAGAAGGACUGAGGGUCCCGCCUGUGCACCGGGCUGCCCUCUGCCUUCCCUCUCCUGGGCUUGGAGCUCCUUCGCUGGGCGUCUCUAGGCCCAGGCCACAUAGGGUGUCCUGUCCGCAUGGUGGCCUGCCCAUGGCUCUGGUCAACUUGGGCCAAGCAGGGUCAUAGCCAGGGGGGAUACAUCACUUCCCAGUGGGAGCCUCCCUGAGCGCUUCCUGGCCCAGAAGUGGGGUGGACUCUGAGUGCAACCUCCUCCUUCCUCUGCUCCCAGCUCAGAAGGGGUUCAGCUCCCAGGGUCAGCUGUCCUGGGGCUUGGCCCCUUCCUAAGCACAGAGGUCAAGGUUCCCCGCCCUGAAGGCCCAGCCAUGGAGAGAGCCCCCUCCCAUGCCUGCCACUUCCCCAACCUCCUCGCCCACGGACACCUCCCUCGGUGUUGGGGGGACCAGCAUCCUGACCUCAGAGGAGGGACCUCGGUUCUUGGCCGGCUGCCAGCUGCCCCUUGCUCCCACUUGACACCUGAGAAAAGGGCUCCUCGGGCAGGUGGCCGUCCAGGUCCCCGGAGCACUCAGGCCACUGUCUCCCCCUCCUGGCCUUUUAGGUUCAAUAAACUGGUUUCCAGCCCUAA